UGACCCCAGCACAAAUAAAAUCAAUUUGCCUGGCCAUACUAGAAUCAGGAAAGCAGUAUGCAGUGAAGAAGAGGAAACCAUUUCCACUCAUGUAUUCUUAUUAUGGAACAGAAUAUCUCGGUGCAGCACAUGGGCUUUCCUCAAUCCUUCAGAUGUUGCUUUCCUAUUAUGAGUACCUGCAGCCAGCGGACCAGGAGCUUGUGUGGCAGAGCGUUGAUUUUCUUAUGGACCAAGAACAGAACAGCAACUGGCCUCCUGAGCUGGGGGAGACAAUUGAGCGGGAGAAUGAGCUUGUACACUGGUGUCAUGGAGCUCCAGGCAUCGCCUAUCUGUUUGCCAAAGCUUACCUGGUUUCCAAGAAGCCUCAAUAUCUGGACACUUGCAUCCGCUGUGGAGAGCUAACUUGGCAGAAAGGCCUGUUGAAGAAGGGGCCUGGAAUAUGCCAUGGGGUGGCUGGUAGUGCUUAUGUGUUCCUGCUGCUGUACAGGCUGACUGGAAACUCAAAAUACAUAUACAGGGCACAAAGGUUUGCAGAGUUCUUAUUUACAGAAGAAUUCAAGGCUGGUUCCCGGGCAUUAGAAAGUGUUUAUAGUCUGUAUGAAGGCUUCUCAGGAACUGUGUGUUUCCUGACUGACUUGCUGCAACCCAACCAAGCUGAGUUUCCUCUCUUCAGUGUCUUUGUCUAGAGGGUAACAUUCUCCAGGGUCAC